AUGCGCCAGCGUGGAGCAGCAAAGCCGGAGGGAAUCAAGAACUCACGUCCGGACUCGCAAGAGGUUUUCCCAUCCGAUGUACGACAUGCUAUCAUGUGGAUAAGAAAUCGUACGGCACACGGUCCCGACAAUAAAACCAGAACACCUGAUGAACCUUCCGCCAGUACUCAUCAACACGCUGGCGAGACUCUUUACACGUUACCUGUCGGUAUGCAAGGUUCCUAA